CCCGUUGGUUGCCAGGGUGAAAGGUCGCGGGUAAUGACGGCGCAUGCGGAGCAGCAAUGGAAGCCGCCAGUCAAGAGGCACAUCUGCGGCAUGUGGAGAAGGAUGUUCUUAUCCCGAAAAUGGUGCGAGAGAAAGCCAGGGUACUUUGUUCAGAUAAAGUAGAAGAUUUUACCAAAUGCUGCCAGGAAAAUGGAUUUCUUAUGGUUGUAAAAUGCCGAGCAGAAAACGCUGCACUAAAAGAGUGUCUAACUGGCCAUUAUAGAGAUUCAACUUUAUAUGAAGAAUGCAAGCAAGAAUAUUUGAAAGAAAGAGAAGAAUUUCGAAGAACUGGCAUUCCUUCUAAGAAAAGACAACAGAAAGUGCCAAGUAGCAUGUAGGUGAGUCUUAAAUCCAUGCCACUUCUGAUGCCAUGGCACGAACUCAAGAACAGACAAAGGGAAAACAUUCAUGAGACCCACAAAUUGUGUGCUGCAUUGAUUUGUCGUUUAUCAUGUUUGAAAUGUCCACUUUUCUAAAUCGUGAUAUGGGACUUUUCAGAUUUUAUUGAAUGCAUUAUGGAAAUCUUUCACAUUCUCUAUGAUAUUUGCAUCCAUCCCCAGAUAACAGAAUUAAGAGUGUAAUUCUGGAAAUCCAAACAUAUUAAUCCUUCGAUAUUCUGCAGAGAUCUUAGCUUAAUUAAUUUAAUCAGUUAUUAGUGAUUUUUAAAUUCUGGAUUUUGAUGUAUCUGAUAAAUGUUAUUGGUUCUAUUUGCAUUGUAAAUUGUUACUUGAGGCAAUUAUGAGUAUAGAGGAAAGUUUAUGAAUAAACUGGCUUUUGAUCGUGAGUUUUUCCAGAA